UGUGUGCUGGCAGCAGUUUCACCCGCCGUGGUGGUGCCAUCGAUGUUGCGAAUAUCCAAGUGGGGCUACGGUGUUAGGUCAGGUGUGCCUACAGUAGUCAUUGCAGCGUCAGCGAUUGAUGAUGUUUAUGCGAUCACUGGAUUCGGCGCGUUCAUUUCAGCGGCCUUCUCGAAAGAAUUAAAAGUUGUUGCGUUAGAAUACGGCAAAAAACAGUCGCAUAACUGGAUGAAUAUGGCAAAAAAAGGCAAAAAUGCGAAUCCAAAUCAGUGA